CGAGCGGAGGGCUCUAUUGUUAUUUAUUGUGUGGCUUGUGUUGCACGCUGUGCCUGCUGCAUGGGGCUGGCUGGCUGGCUUGGAGAGGGAGUGAGGGAAGUGAGUGGAGUGAAGGGAGGGACAGGCAGGCAGGCAGACAGACAGACUCACUCACCCGCCCGCAGUGGGGGGAGCCCCUUAGCUGGCACCGCCAGGCCGUUUCCAGCGGAGCCCAAAGUUUUGCCUGCCGGAGAGCACAGGAGCAACAGCAGCCUUUGGCUUAGGAGCUGGGUGCUGAUGGUGGCGAUCACACAGUCGCAGAGCUUUUUCUAUCGCAUGCUGUGAAUCACUUACCUGAGUGAAUCUGGUUUCUGAAUACGCUGGAAAUGAAAAGGGGUCAAUCCCUUCCAAAACUUCAUCAGCCAUGAAUGAAAAUGCAUAAUAACCACAACUAAAACUGCUAACUCCUCCUGAAACAUGGCACAGUGACAAUCAGUGACUGGAAAGUGUGGACAGUCAGGGUAAGAAGAUUGACCUUUUUUGGUUGGCUGUAGCUGAAGAUUGCUUGGCCGAAGCCACUUAAAAGAAGGGAGAGAGCACUCCUGCAAGACGGCUAGCACAGUAAUAGAACAUCUGAUGACUAGAAAAUUCUGUGUGGAUCAAACAAGGACUUUAAAUGUCUAGGACAAAAGGAUAGGGCUAUGAACAAGGUUUUUGAGUCAUGAUGCAAGAAUCUGGGACUGAGACAAAAAGUAACGGUUCAGCCAUUCAGAAUGGGGCAAGCGCUGGUAGCCAUAUACUAGAGUGCAGCCUACGGGAAGCGAGAUCAAACGGAGAGACACCUUCAGUGGAAAUUGGUGCAGCAGACCUAGCCCAUCUUCAACAGCAGCAGGCUCUUCAGGUAGCAAGGCAGCUUUUGUUACAGCAGCAGCAGCAGCAGCAACAACAACAACAACAGCAACAACAGCAGCAGCAACAACAAAUUAGUGGGCUGAAGUCUCCCAAGAGGAAUGAGAAACAGCCAUCCCUUCAGGUUCCAGUGUCAGUGGCUAUGAUGACACCUCAAGUUAUCACUCCCCAGCAAAUGCAGCAGAUCCUCCAGCAGCAAGUGCUAACUCCGCAGCAACUUCAGGUCCUGCUCCAGCAGCAGCAGGCACUCAUGCUUCAGCAGCAGCAGCUUCAAGAAUUUUAUAAGAAACAACAGGAACAGUUGCAGCUACAACUUUUACAGCAACAACAUGCCGGAAAACAGCCUAAAGAGCCCCAGCAGCAACAGGUGACUUCACAGCAGUUGGCCUUUCAGCAGCAGCUUUUGCAGAUGCAACAGCUGCAGCAACAGCACCUCCUGUCUUUGCAGCGCCAGGGUCUGCUGACGAUUCAGCCUGGCCAGCCUACCUUGCCAUUGCAGCCACUUGCUCAAGGCAUGAUUCCAAAUGAACUGCAGCAACUCUGGAAGGAAGUGACGGGUUCUCACACAGCAGAGGAAGCCGCAAGCAACAAUCACAGCAGUUUAGACCUGUCAACAACAUGCAUCUCCUCCUCGGCCUCUUCUAAGGCCUCCUUAAUAAUAAACCCACAUGCCUCAACAAAUGGACAGCUAUCAGUCCACACUCCUAAAAGAGAGAGUUUAUCCCACGAAGAACACUCUCAUAGCCAUCCGCUUUAUGGGCACGGAGUAUGCAAAUGGCCAGGCUGUGAAGCGGUAUGCGAAGAUUUCCAGUCAUUUCUAAAACAUCUCAACAGUGAGCAUGCGCUGGAUGAUAGAAGUACAGCCCAAUGUAGGGUGCAAAUGCAGGUUGUACAACAGUUAGAGCUGCAGCUUUCAAAAGACAAAGAGCGCCUGCAAGCUAUGAUGACACACCUACAUGUAAAGUCAACUGAACCAAAAGCUACACCUCAGCCUCUGAACCUUGUAUCUAGCGUCACACUUUCAAAGACUGCAUCAGAGGCUUCUCCGCAGAGCUUACCUCAUACCCCCACCACCCCAACAGCACCCAUCACUCCUGUUACCCAGGGACCUUCUGUCAUCACUACUACCAGCAUGCACAAUGUCGGACCUAUCCGAAGGCGGUACUCUGACAAAUACAACGUGCCCAUCUCUUCAGCAGAUCUUGCGCAGAACCAAGAAUUCUACAAGAAUGCAGAAGUCAGGCCACCCUUUACAUAUGCAUCCUUAAUUAGGCAGGCCAUUCUUGAAUCUCCAGAAAAGCAGCUAACACUAAAUGAAAUCUACAAUUGGUUCACACGAAUGUUCGCCUACUUCAGACGCAAUGCAGCAACGUGGAAGGGUGCUAUUCGCACCAACCUAUCCCUGCAUAAGUGCUUUAUCAGAGUAGAGGAUGAGUUUGGGUCCUUUUGGACUGUUGAUGAUGAAGAGUUUAAACGGGGCCGUCAUAUUCAACGAGGCCGUCCUAGAAAAUUCUGCCCUGAUGAAAACUUUGGCGAGCUUGUUACACAAAACCCUUCACUUAUUAAAAACAUGCAGACCAGCCACACCUACUGCUCACCUCUCAGUGCUGCUUUACAGGCUUCAAUGGCUGAGAACAGUAUACCUCUGUACACUACUGCUUCCAUGGGAAAUCCCACUCUGGGCAGUUUAGCCAAUGCUAUGCGGGAAGAUCUUAAUGGUGCAAUGGAGCAUGCGAACAGUAAUGGGAGCGACAGCAGCCCAGGACGUUCCCCUAUGCAAGCAAUGCACCCGGUGCAUGUCAAAGAAGAACCAUUAGAUCCAGAUGAAAAUGAAGGCCCGCUGUCCUUAGUGACAACAGCCAAUCACAGUCCAGAGUUUGACCACGACAGAGAUUAUGAAGACGAAAAUGUAAAUGAGGACAUUGAAUGAAUAUGUCUGUGAUGUGAUCCUGCAAAUGAAGAUCACGGGGAGGGAGGAAAAAAAACAUAUACUUCAAAAUUAGCUGUGAAAUCUCUCCCCAUUAUUGUACAGUCUGGAGGAAACACUUGGUCCAUUUUGACAGCUAUAAAGUACGUUAACUCUUAGUGCCAUCAAGUAUCCCAUUUGGGAGUAUUUUUGAUUUUUCUACUUUUUGUUGAAAAAAAAAACACAAAACAAAGGAAUUUGUACUCUGUGCAUUGGAUGGACUUGUUUGGUACUUGGGAUUCCCUCUCACAGUCAACAUCAGUGUUGUAAAUUUGUUCAACCAAUUCAUUUAUCCACAAUUUGGCAGCAGACUUUGGACUGCAAUUCUUCCAAUUUGGGACACCGAAGACAUCAAGCUGAGCAUGUACACAUAAUUGCAGAUCAAGCCUUUGCCCAGAUUUUGAGGAUUCCAAUGGACAAUAUUUGCACAGUAUCGCAUGUUGAUUAUCACUGCCUUCACUUUUUUCUUUCUUUCUUUGCUUCCAUUUGGGAUGGGGAAGUCGUGUGCGUGUGUGCACACGUGCACCUACAUGUGUGCGUGCAUAAGUGUGUGUGUGUGUACUGAAGAGAGGUUAAAAGAAAAUUCUCCCAAUUUUUUUAAGUGUAUAACUUUGAUUUCCCCCCUACUUCUCCUACACCAUUUUAAGUUCUGACCUCAGGCCUCAACUGGCCAGAGCCUUUUGAGGCUUAAAUGUUUUCUGUACUUUUGUGAUGAAUGUUAAUAGGUGUUUUUAUUAUACAAAGCUGAAUGUCCUUGGAAUUGUUUGUAGUUCUUUUUCUACCAUUCAUUCCAGUUUCCUUCAGAUGCCAUCAUGUUUUCUUUAGCUAUGGAAAACAUUCCAGUUUGGGCUAUAUUCCCACUCCUCACCCCCCCCCCCAAAAAAAGAAAAA